AUGAAAUCCUUCGUUUCUUUGCUAGGACUUUCGUUCCUUACGUGUCAUGCCUCUGCUCAUUACAUCUUCCAGUCAUUUACCUACAAGAGCAUUCAAUAUCCACCAUAUGGAUACAUUCGUAUGAACGAUAAUUACAAUAGUCCUGUUACAGACCUCGCUAGCAAUGAUCUACGAUGCAAUUCCGGUGCUGGAACCAGCAAGGGAACGCAAACUAUUACAGUCAAAGCUGGCGAUUCUUUCUCUUUCACUGCGGAUGUACAGGUUUAUCAUCAGGGUCCUUUGUCUAUAUACAUGGCAAAAGCGCCGACAACUGCAGCAGCCUUCGAUGGAUCCGGUCAGGUUUGGUUUAAGAUUUUAGACAUUGGUCCUACCUUUACAAAUCAAGUCGCAACUUGGAAUCUCUAUCAAACAUAUACUUAUACCAUUCCGCCAAAUCUUCCUAACGGCGAUUAUCUUCUUCGUAUUCAACAACUUGCGAUUCACAAUCCUUACCCAGGAGGAAUCCCUCAAUUCUACAUCGAAUGCGCCCAAAUAACCGUGACCAACGGAGGUACCGGAACUCCCGGUCCCCUAGUAUCUAUUCCCGGAGCCUUUUCCGUGACAGACCCUGGCUACACGGCAAACAUCUACUCAAAUUUCUUCAACUACACUGUUCCCGGUCCCGCCGUCUGGGCUUCUCAAGGAGGCUCUUCGGCUUACGCUGGAAUAUCAAAUGGUAAUAAUGCGGCGACGACUCUGGCUAGUAUGCCUGCUGGAACGGGGGCGGCUACUUCAGUUAUUGCGACUGCUACUGCUACUGGGACUUUAAUCACCUCGACCAAGACUGCAACGAGCGCAGCGGCUACGGCGACCGGAUCGGUAGUGCAGAAGUUUGGACAGUGUGGAGGCCAAGGAUGGACUGGAGGAACGGUUUGUGCGACGGGUAGUACGUGUACUACUAGUAGUAUUUACUAUAGUCAGUGUUUGUGA